AUGGCUCUAAAAUUUAAAAAUGAAGUUAUAUCUGGGAAUGAAGAGGAGGAUAUUAGUUCAACACACGAGCAGGAGCAGGAUUUUCAUAGUGACGAAAGUAUCAGAGACAGAGAUUAUUUCCCAUCUGAUGAAAGCACAGAUGAUGAAAGGGAAACACUUAAAAUUAACAAAGGUCCUGAUUUUAUUGAAGUCAGGGCUGAGAGAGUCGAUGAAUCUGAUCAAAAAGUUACAGAACGUGUUUCUAAAAAGUUAGUAAGAAAGAGAAUGAGAAAUCCAGAAUCUUGGGAAAAAAACAAACGCAAGAAAAAUAGAAAUUCUGGCCAGGUAUACACCACAGUGAACGGAAAAAGUGUAGCAAAAAGAAGAAUGGGUGUUACCUGUUCUGAAAAAUGUAGAAUUAAAUGUUCUUCUAAAGUGAAUGAUAAUGAAAGGCAGAGAAUUUUUGAUUUUUAUUGGAAAUUAGGGGAUAUCAAUCUGCAAAGAAAUUUUGUGAACACCUGCAUGUCUGAAAUAAAUCCCACCUAUCGUAAUUCUAAACCUGGGAGUAAGAGAUCAAAAAACUACAAGUAUUCCUUCGUAAUUGAUAAUGUAAGUAUUCAAGUUUGCAAAACCUUCUUUAAGAAUACUCUUGGAAUCAAUAAUCGAACAAUUUUCACAACCACUAAGAAAAAUGACCAACAAGGAACAAUCGAACUUGAUCAAAGAGGAAAACAUACUCAACACAAAAGAAUUCCAAAAAAUAUUAGAAGUGAUAUUAUGAGACACAUUGACUCAUUUCCACGGGUCAGCUCCCAUUACUGUCGAACACGCACAAAUAAGAAAUAUUUGGAAGGAAGUUUGAAAAUUCGAAUAAUGCACCGUCUCUAUGUUCAACAAUGUGAAGAUACAGGAAUUGACUUUGCUAAAUAUGGAACUUACGCGCAUAUUUUCAAUACUGAGACCAAUAUAGCUUUCCAUAUGCCGAAAAAAGAUCAAUGUACACUAUGUGAAAAUUAUAAAAAUGCAACUGAGGAGAGCAAGGCAAAUAUACGAGAAAAAUAUGAGAAUCAUUUGAAAGAAAAAGAUCAAAGUAGAUUAGAGAAAAUUCGAGAUGUAGAAAACCCUAACAUUUGUGUUUAUAGCUAUGAUUUACAAGCUGUUUUGCCUACUCCAUGUGGAGAUGUAAAUGCUUUUUAUUAUAAAAGCAAAUUAUCAACAUUAAACUUCACCAUUUUUGAUUUAAAGGAUAAAAAAGGAUAUUGCUACCUGUGGCAUGAGGCCAUAGCAAAAAGAGGAGCAAAUGAAAUAUCUAGUUGUGUGUAUAAGUUUAUAGCUGACCACAAAGAAAGAGAUAUGGAAAAGAGGAGGGUCUUGAAGAGCGGUCCAAUUUACAUCCCCGCGCAAUGGGCAAUGAUAAUACGCAGUGCCAAAAAACAGGGACAUCCAUACAAAUUGGAAGAAAUAUCAACUAAUGAUAUUCUUGAUUUCAAAAAAUUUAUUUCAAAGAUUGGAAACAACUUCAACAAAAAUGAAAACAAUGAACCAGUUGUGUGGAAGGAUGUUAAAAUAGUCAGAUUCGAGAAAGAACAUCCAUACACGAUUUUUUAUAAAACAUCGUAUGCAGAGAGUAACUUCAAACAGAUUUAUGUGAAAAAAAAGAAUGUACGAUGUAAAACUGAUAUAUCCAGUUUGGAAAUUACUAGAGCUUACACUAAUCCUCCAACAAUUUCUGUCAAAAAGAAAAAAAAUUUACUCGAAAUGUGUAGAGAAAAUGUAAUUCCUGUUGUACACUGGCCUUUUUAUGAGAAUCUCCAAGAAUCGAAUGUUAAUUCUGAAGCAGCGUCUGAUGAUGAAGAAAUAUAA